UAUGCCUAGUCACCCCUCAGCAAUAACAGUACCUUACAAUUUCACAAAAACCAUUUUUACAGUGUUUUUCUCUGGGGGCUGUUUCUGUUUGGUUUUAAGAGAAACUGAGACAAGAAAAGAUGGUGUCGAGAUGGAGUUACUGUUACAAGGAUGUGCUGCCAUUCUCAGCUAUGGUGACAAUGGAGUGUGCAAACGUGGGGCUAAACACACUUUUCAAAGCAGCUACUUUGAAGGGCAUGAGCUACCACGUUUUUGUGGUCUAUGCUUAUGCUAUAGCUGCUCUUGUUCUCCUUCCUGCUCCUUUCUUCUCUUACAGAUCAAGAGUGCUUCCUCCACUCAGCUUCCCUAUUCUAUGCAAAAUUGGACUUCUUGGACUUAUAGGGAGUUCAUCUCAGAUCAUGGGGUACACAGGCAUCAAUUACAGUUCUCCCACUCUUGCUUCUGCAAUCAGCAACCUCACACCAGCUUUUACCUUCAUCCUAGCUAUCAUUUUCAGAAUGGAGAAGCUCGUUUGGAAGAGAACAAGCAGUGCGGCUAAAGUGAUGGGCACCAUAAUAUCAGUUACAGGUGCAUUUGUGGUGACUCUCUACAAGGGCCCUGCAAUAGUCAUAGCCUCAACACCUUCCAUGUCACUUCAACAACCCCUUAAUCCAUCAAAAUCAAAUUUGGUUUUUGGUGGACUUCACUCUGCAAAUCCAAACUGGGUCAUUGGUGGCGUUUUCCUCACUGCUGAGUAUAUGCUGGUUCCACUCUGGUACAUUGUUCAGACACAGAUCAUGAAGGAGUAUCCAGCAGAACUAACGGUAGUCUUCUUUUACAAUUUAUGUGUGAGCUUCAUAGCUGCAAUUGUUGGUUUAGCCUCAGAAAGAAAUGCAAGUGCUUGGAGAAUAAGACCAGACAUAGCAUUGGCCUCUGUCGUUUGCUCAGGACUCUUUGGUUCUUGCUUGAACAAUACCGUCCAUACAUGGGCUCUGCGCUUGAAGGGACCUGUUUUCGUGGCAAUGUUUAAGCCGUUGUCGAUCGCCAUUGCUGCUGCCAUGGGUGUGAUGUUCCUAGGUGAUACUCUCCAUCUUGGGAGUCUCAUUGGAGCAACAAUAAUAUCGAUUGGAUUUUAUACGGUGAUGUGGGGAAAAGCAAAAGAAGAGAUGGCGGAGGAAUAUGUCAGUGCCACUGACAGCAGCAGAGUGUCACCAUCUGCCCACAAAGUCCCCCUGCUGCAAAGCUAUAAAAACGAACAUGUCUAGAUAGUACAAACAAACGCAUGUCAAAAAACACAUUGCUUAACUACUAUCUGCAAACGGAAAAAGAACAUCUGCAGUUAAGAGUACAGGAGAUGGAUCAUUUCUUAACUGCAAAGAGGUUACAAAGUCUGCUUUAGACCUCGGCCUCCCCCAUUUCAGGCUUCGGUCCAUGUCAAAUCCAUCUGCCUGCAAAAUUUGUGCAUAGAAAACAGAUGGUACAACCUAUAGAUGGAUGAUGUAAUUACCCCAAACUUAAGAAAAAUUUUAAUUUUGCUCUC